GAAGCAUCCUCAGUCACAGUGCAGGUGGAUGCUUCCCUUUAAACCGGGAAACAGCUUGGUUAAUUCUGUCAGGGAAGGGUGAGACCAGCCUAAUAAGAAAUGCUCCAAAAAAAUGAAUGAGCUUUGCCGUUGCUUACUUUAAUGAGCAAAUUAAAGCCUGGCCUGACCCUUAAAAAUGUGUUUGCUGACAGUUCUCCGCCCCCUGCCCCCCAUAACCUGAGUGAACGAUCCAGCUUCCCGUAAAAGAGCAUUUUUGACAGAGUGACGAAUUGACCGAAUGUUCAUUUUUCAAUUAACUUGGACCCGGAGUAAUUCACAGAUACUGUUUUUCAUUUUGCACCAUGAAGAUGGAGGUAUUCACGAGUGAGCAAAAAGGGACGAAAGCGAUUCCGGUGCGAAGCUCCCGGCUGCCCCUGCUCUCCGAUGCGAUGCCGGCCCCGACGCAGCUGUUCUUCCCCCUGCUGCGGAACUGUGAGCUGAGCAGGCUGUACGGCGGCGCCUGCUACUGCCACCACCAGCACCUCUGCUGCUCCGCCCCGCACGUCUCCCCGGGCCGGCCGAGGUACGCGCCCCAGACGGCGUUCGCCACUUUCUGGCGGCCCAGGGAGGGCUUCAAGCAGUACGCCUCGGCCCGGCGGUACGCGUCCACGCCCCAGAGGUUUUACCUCACCCCGCCGCAGGUCAACAGCAUCCUGAAGGCCAACGAGUACAGCUUCAAGGUCCCGGAAUUCGACGGGAAAAACGUCAGCUCCGUCCUGGGGUUCGACAGCAACCAGCUGCCGGCCAACGCCCCCAUCGAGGACCGGAGGAGCGCGGCCACGUGCCUGCAGACCCGGGGCAUGCUCCUCGGGGUGUUCGACGGCCACGCCGGCUGCGCCUGUUCCCAGGCGGUCAGCGAGAGGCUCUUCUACUACAUCGCCGUCUCCCUCUUGCCUCACGAGACCCUGCUGGAGAUCGAGAACGCGGUGGAGAGCGGGCGAGCCCUCCUGCCCAUCCUCCAGUGGCACAAGCACCCCAACGAUUACUUCAGCAGGGAGGCCUCCAAGCUGUAUUUCAACAGCCUGCGGACUUACUGGCAGGAGCUGAUAGACCUCAACACGGGGGAGACCGCCGACGUCAAGGAGGCCCUCGUCAACGCCUUCAAGAGGCUGGACAACGACAUCUCCCUGGAGGCGCAGGUCGGGGACCCCAACUCUUUCCUCAACUACCUGGUGCUGCGGGUGGCCUUCUCCGGGGCCACGGCCUGCGUGGCCCACGUGGACGGCGUCGACCUGCACGUGGCCAACACCGGGGACAGCCGCGCCAUGCUGGGCGUCCAGGAGGAGGACGGCUCCUGGUCGGCCCUCACCCUGUCCCACGACCACAACGCGCAGAACGAGGACGAGGUGGCGCGGCUGAGGCUGGAGCACCCCAAGGCCGAGGAGAAGAGCGUGGUGAAGCAGGACCGGCUGCUGGGCCUGCUCAUGCCCUUCCGGGCCUUCGGCGACGUCAAGUUCAAGUGGAGCAUCGACCUCCAGAAGAGGGUCAUCGAGUCGGGCCCCGACCAGCUGAACGACAACGAGUACACCAAGUUCAUCCCGCCCAACUACCACACGCCCCCCUACCUCACCGCCGAGCCGGAGGUCGUCCACCACCGGCUGAGGCCCCAGGACAAAUUCCUGGUGUUGGCCACCGACGGGCUCUGGGAGACCAUGCACAGGCAGGACGUGGUCAGGAUCGUGGGCGAGUACCUGACGGGCGUCCACCACCAGCAGCCCAUCGCCGUCGGGGGCUACAAGGUGACCCUGGGCCAGAUGCAGGGCCUCCUGACGGAGAGGAGGGCCAAGAUCUCCUCCGCGUUCGAGGAUCAGAACGCGGCCACCCACCUCAUCCGCCACGCCGUCGGCAACAACGAGUUCGGGGCGGUCGAUCACGAGCGCCUCUCCAAGAUGCUCAGUCUUCCCGAAGAGCUCGCCCGGAUGUACCGGGACGACAUCACCAUUAUCGUGGUCCAGUUCAACUCCCACGUCGUCGGUGCGUGUCGACACCGGGAGUAGGGCUUCCCCGGGGGCCACCGGAUGAAGAUGCUAACCGAAGAACAGGUGGAGGGUCCCGGGCGUGGCGGGGGGGGGUCCAAACGUACACUCGU